GGCUCGCCGUUCUCGCAACAUGCAAUCGCUUCCCGAAGAUAUCUCCACCGUCCCGGGAUGGUCGCAUACCGCCUCUUUUCGGCUUGCAGAGCGUGCAACUGUUUUCACCAACGGCGACCGUGAUCUGUGACAAAAAGACACCCGGCGGUCAGAUCCGCCGCCUGCGUUCCUGCAUCGGCACAGCCCAAUGCCAUUCAUCUGGGCUUGAAAAUGUCAAUUUGCUCGGGCUACACGGCAGGGGUGGCAGAGAAUUGUGUUGGCUUCGACCGCUACAUGUGUUUUUGGAGCCCAGCGAGUCGGUGAGGAACGAACACAACCGCUGCGCCGACCAACAGCAGAGGAUUCCCUGCCAAAUUCUGCCAACACGAGCUUACGAUCAGCGUUCUACCCAGGGCACAUGCCGUCUCCCUCAACGGAUCAGAGUGCCGUCCUUUAAACCCAUCAUAUGGAUGAAUGUCUUGACUGAUGCGCGUGGAAACAUGAAGAUGAGAGACGUUCCAUUCUAAUAAUGGCAUUUCUCGCCCCUCUUCGACCCAAUACAGUAUGGUGCCUGCAGCGACAAGCCGGAAUCGGGCAAUAAAACCACAAAGCGCCCCUGGGCGUCUGCUUCCCCUUCCCCCCCCUCUUUUUGUUUCUCCCGCUUGCCCACUAUUACCGGCCAGCGAGUGAGAGCGAGGAUCUACACUGCAUCUGUGGGGUAGCAGGAAAAAGUUAACGGUAGGCAAAGGCCGGGCAAGACGGAGCCAGUUGGCCUCCUCGGGACUUUGGGAAAUACGAGAAUCGUGCCCUCCGGUGCUACGUCAUGUUCGACUGGUGCGCCCCCCUUCUCCGGCGUCCGGCCAUACCGACUUUCAUGCGGCUGCGAGGGCUGGAGGGAUGAAGGUGUUUGGCUCGUGGUUGAUGGUGCGUGGUGCGUGUUUGCGUGAGAGUGUAAAGUAACAGACGAUCUUGCCGGUGCGGUGAAGAUCUCGUUCACGUUGGUCGGAUACUUAAACCUCGAGAGAUUCCCGUCUGAACUAUCGAAACUUCCGUCAUCGCUGCAAUACAUAGCUACACCUCGUCCAGACUUCAUUUUCAACACAUCUGCUCAUCUCAUCCUCGCAUCUCAUUCCAUCCCAUCUCUCCUCCUAUCGACCAUUCAAGUCUAAACCUUUACCACUCUCACAACCCGCCAGGAUGCAGCUUCUUCCCGCCCUCCUCCUCUUCAGCACGGCCUUCGCCUCGCCCAUUGCCCGGCGCCAGGAGAACGAGCCCACCUGCGGCCAGAAGUCGGCAACGAUGACCGGAUGGACGCUCACGGGCUUCGACUACCACGCCAGCUACAUCUUCAGCACCCCCGCGCACCAGAACUCGUGGGGCUACGUCAGCUUCAACGUAUCCAACCCGGCCCUCAACUACACCGUCACCUGCGGUGCCGCCAGCAACCGCCUCAAUGACUUCUUUUACGGCGAGCAGGUCUAUACCUGCAGCCCGCCCGACGGCGAGAGCGCUGCGACCUCCUUCACCUGGAGCUACCCGGACCGCGCCCUCGCGUUGAACCAGUCGUGGACCUGUAACGACGACCCCGAGUACCCGGCCCGCUACACGGCAAAGGGCGACGCCGUCGCCGAUCUCAAGUGCGAGGAGACGUCCUGGCAGAACAACAACUGGACCAUCGGCGAGAUCUACUCCCAGCGCAACAUCAAGUGCGACAUCAUCACGCUGCCGACGCCCAUCAAGGAGAUCUAUGGCGUUGCCUAAGCGAGGCUUCCUCUCUCCGACGGCCUCCGACCUGGGAUCCGGGCGAGAUCUGCAUUCACUCACUCAACAGACUUCGUCUAUCCCGUCUACUCAUUCUCGCCACAUACUCACUCACUCAUUAAUGCAAACACUCAUUCACUCAUUUGUACACACAACCACUCAUUCGCAACGCUCCACACGAUUCUCAUGAUUACGACUUUGCUUGCACGCCACUCUUUACGAUAGACGACACGACACAUUUGCAUGGUUCCGGCGCUGGGGAGGGGGGAUGCGAACAACGAACAUUGCUGAGACAUGAUCAAUCAACUCUUGAAUAGGAAAACUUGACGGUAACGGGACAUAUAGAGUAUCACAUACGGAGGUAAUCCUAAUUUAACGAAUUCCGCUUUGCAUG